AAUAGAAAAAGGCUUCUUCAAUGGCUAUAUACAUCAAAGCCUUUGUUCUUCUUCCUUUACUUUUUGUUUCAUCUUAUGCUAGGAACAAACAUAUUGACCUAGGCUUUGACGAUGCUGACGAUUCUUCCGUUGGUGUCAAUGUUGAUCCUUCCCCAGAUGGAUUUUUAGAAUUCCUCGAUGGAAAGAAGAAGAACAAAAAGUCAAAGAAGAAAAAUAAAAAAAAUAAAUUAAUAUUUCCACAAUUUCCCUUUCCCUUUCCCUUACAAGGAGAGAACGAAAACCAACAAGAUCAACCAGCAUCAUUAGAACCGGCCGUCGAAGACAAAAAAAAUAGCAUUCCAAAGCCAGAUUUCGAGACCGAAAAUCAAGGUGCUUGGAUAAUACAUUCACCAAAUGCUGGUGUUGCAGCCAUGCAUAUACAAUUGAUGCCAAAUAACAAGGCUAUUUGGUUUGACACCACAAAUCUUGGACCAUCUGCAAUUCAAAACAACCCUCCAUUUUGCAAGCCAAUUCCAGAAAAGCCUGGAGAGACAGAUUGUUGGUCUCAUGGUGUUCAAUAUGAUGUUGAGAGUGGUCAAGUCAGGACAUUGAAGAUAAUGACCGAUACAUGGUGCUCAUCGGGAGGUUUGUCCUCCAAUGGUGAUCUAGUAAGUACUGGAGGUUAUCGUGAAGGAAUCCGCAGUAUCAGAAUCAUGAAUCCAUGUGACAACUGCGAGUUUCAGGAAAAUGCAAAUGGUCUUGCUGCUAUGAGAUGGUAUGCUACUCAACAUAUGCUUGAGAAUGGUAGCUUCAUUCUUGUUGGAGGUCGUGGUGCACACAACUACGAAAUCAUUCCACCAGGAAAACUGCAAUUUCAGGUGCAACAAUUUGGGUUAAAUUUCCUUGUCGAGACUGAAGAUGAGAAAGAAAACAAUCUCUACCCAUUCGUCAAUCUUCUUCCUGAUGGGAAUGUAUUUAUUUUUGCCAACGAUAGAUCAAUAAUCAUUGAUCCUUAUAGUGGAAAAACCAUCCGUGAUCUUCCUAUACUUGCUGGAGGUUCAAGAAACUAUCCAGCAUCAGGAAUGUCCGCACUUUUACCAAUUAAUCUCAAUACUCCUAAUCUUGAGGAUGUUGAAGUUGAGGUCAUUGUUUGUGGUGGCAAUACCAAUGAUGCCUUUAAAUAUUCAGAGUUUCCACCUAGACAAUUCUUCCCCGCAUUAAAGGAUUGCGGAAGGUUAUUUGUUAACAAACAAGGAGCUCAAUGGGAUAUUGAAGAAAUGUCUUCACCAAGAGUCAUGGGAGACAUGUUGCUUCUACCAACUGGAGAUAUCUUGAUCAUUAAUGGAGCAAAAACAGGUACUUCUGCAUGGGAUGCUGCUGAGGAACCUAAUCUUGUUCCACUUCUUUAUAGCCCAAAUAAACCAAAAGGACAGAGGUUCAAGGAAUUGACCCCUUCACAAAUACCUAGAAUGUACCAUUCUGUUUCUGCUGUUUUGCCAGAUGGCAAGAUUUUAGUGGCAGGCAGCAAUACCCAUGCUGUGUAUGACUUCCAGGCUAAGUAUCCAACUGAUUUGAGAGUGGAGAAAUUCUCACCACCUUACUUGGCACCUGAGUUGGAACAACACAAGCCCCAAAUUAUGGAGAAUAGAGCCAACAAAGAGAUGAGAUAUGGUAAUAAUUUCAAAAUCAAUAUCAAGUUGGAUGAAGUUGUAGAUGAGACUGACAUUAAGGUUACCAUGUAUGCACCACCUUUCACCACACAUGGCUACUCUCAGGGACAAAGGUUGCUCAUUUUGCAGCUUCAAGCUGUGACAAACAAAGAGGUCACUGUAGUGGCACCACCCUCGGGCAGAAUUGCUCCACCAGGCUACUAUUUACUAUUUGUGGUUCACCGCGGCGUCCCUAGUCGUGGAAUAUGGGUGCGCAUUGACCAGUAGACAUGAUCAACAAUAUCACCAAUUCUUUAAUUGUUUAUUUUAUGUAUAUUAUUGAUGUU